CCUUUAUUAUCCUUUAAGAGUUAUUAACAGAUUGAUCCAACAGUCGUUCAUCCAUCCAUUGCUCUUCUGCAAGAAAGGUUCAGAUAGUUGGAGAGAGCCAAGGAGAUAAGGCAGGAGAAAGAGCUCUUACGGAUGUUCCCUGAAUCAAGGCAGAUCAAUGCAGCUAUGCCUUAUGUGCCAUACAGAUCGCUUUUACACCCUAUACUCAUGUUUCAGUCAAAGCUGCCUCUUCAGUGUACACUCAAAAGAGAAGCUAGUCUGCAAAGCAGGAAUACCCAGAUUCAGGUCAUUCAGACUCCAAUGUUGGAGAAUUUAUGGUCCAGGGACACUGUCAUAUGCACAACUGACAAUGAUAAUAUUUCAGAUGUUGAUACUUCACUUCAUCUGUGAAAAAGUAUUACAAUGUUAGUCUACUUAGUAAUCCUGUGGUUUCCUUCCGUUUGUUCUUCAUGGGGCAGUAAGAAUAUGGGAACGAAAAGGAGGAGCUAAAGAAAAAGAAAACAAAAUAUGCAAUGUAGCUAAUGGCCAUUAUCUUAUGUAUCUUCAGAACUACAAAGCAAUCAGAAAGGCAAUUCUCUUAUCUCUUCUGAAAUGCAUUCUCGUCAUAGGUAAUGUUAUCCAAUUUGUCAUUGUUCCCUUUCCUCUUCAUGAAUUUGGGAAUCAAUCGAGUUCCAUCUUUGACAUUGCUUCCCCAUUGUUUAUCUGCUCAAAACGAACAGCACUAACCUUUCGGGCAUUUGCAGCUAAUAUCUGCACCAGGGACAACAUUUCACUCACAUUAAUAAAUAAGAAAUGUUAUAAAAGUGUAUCGUUUGAUGAAGUAUUCCAUAAGUUGAUCAGUACAACCUCCAGUUGAAAGCAAAUUUUGGUUCACAAGUUAGAAUUACAUCAUUAUUUGUUUCACAAAAAAUGUAAACCUCUAAAUAAACGGAAACCUUCUAAAGCUCAGCUAACUCAUUGACAUAUAAUUACAUUUGACAUACAAAAAGCCCAUUUUCCAUAGCCUCCCCUCCCCUCUACCUCGUCCUCAUCUUCUCCUAUUGGCAUUGGCACAGCAUGACUCCAUGAACACACCUUCAGCUAGUUUAUAUUGGCAUGUAAUGACUCCAUUAAACCUUAUAAGCAAUG